CGCCCAAAAAAGCAUGCCUCCUGUGGGUACCUCUUUCCUCCUUUGCAAUCUUGUUUCGUUGAGAUCCGCAGUCAUUAUCCGCCUAAAAAAGAGUCGAAGCAUGCUUCCUGGGCUUCGCCCAGUUCCUCUGAUCGUUGUCCUCGCCUCCCUUGUGGCAUUCCCUGCUUCUUCAUUAGGUGCUACAGCUCCCCAGAAUGAUUCUCACACCGACUUGCAAGCUCUUCAUUGCCUUAAACUAAAUCUCGUCAGUUCUGCUGGACUCCUAGCCUCAUGGAAAAAUGAGUCGCAAUUCUGCAGUUGGUCCGGUGUUACCUGCAGCAAGAGACACACAUCUCGUGUCGCUGCACUUGAUCUCGAGUCUCUUAAUCUCGAUGGCCAAAUACCUCCUUGCAUUGCCAACCUCACUUUCCUCGCAAAAAUCCACUUACCAAACAAUCAACUCACUGGUCCGAUUCCACUAGAAAUUGGCCAACUGAGUAGGCUACAGUAUCUUAACCUCAGCUCAAACUCUCUUAGUGGAGUGAUCCCAGUCACUCUAGCUUCCUGCUUCCGCCUUCAAAUCAUUGAUCUUGCAAGCAAUUCCCUUCAUGGUGUGAUCCCCUCAAGCCUGAGCCAAUGUUCAGAUAUCCAGCAGCUCAGCUUGGGUCACAACAUGCUCAGUGGAGGCAUCCCAGAAGGGCUGGGGACACUCCCCAACCUUUCUAUUUUACGUCUUGCAACAAAUAGCCUGACAGGUAACAUUCCUGAUUCGCUCGGGAGCAGCUCUUCGCUCCACUCUGUUGUUCUUGUGAACAAUAGCCUCACAGGACCUAUCCCGCCUCUCCUAGCCAAUAGUUCAUCACUUCAACUUCUGGCUGUAACAACCAAUCAGCUAAACGGAGAGAUUCCUCCUGCGCUGUUUAACAGUACAUCACUUCAAAGGGUAUUGCUAGGAGAAAACAACUUUACAGGGACUAUACCUGUUUUCCCCAACAUUGACUCACCCUUGCAAUAUCUUAUCUUGCAAUCGAAUAAUCUUUCAGGCACCAUACCUUCCUCCAUAGGGAACUUUUCCUUCCUCCGCUGGCUCUUGCUUGGAGAUAACAAUUUCCAAGGAACAAUCCCGAUGAGUAUAGGUGAAAUUCCAAACCUGGAAAUACUAGACGUCACUUAUAACUUUUUGUCAGGGAGUGUCCUAGCCUCUCUGUAUAACAUGUCAGCACUCACAUACCUUGGCAUGGCUACCAACAGUCUUACAGGGGAGCUUCCAUAUGACUUGGGCUAUACUCUUCCAAGCAUCCAAACUUUGAAUAUGCAAGAUAACCAAUUCCAAGGUAAAAUCCCCACUUCGUUAGCCAACACAACAAAUCUUCAGGAGAUUAAUCUUCGGAACAAUGCAUUCAAUGGCAUUAUUCCGUCUUUUGGGACUUUACCCAGCCUAGUCGAUCUGAAUCUAGGCAAGAAUCAACUUGAAGCAGGAGAUUGGUCUUUCUUAUCCUCAUUGAAAAAUUGCACACAGCUGGUGAACUUACGCUUGGAUGCAAACAUCCUUCAAGGAGUCUUGCCGAGUUCAAUUGGAGGCCUUUCAAAGAGCAUAAAGAUAUUGUUACUAAGAUCAAAUAACUUUUCAGGUACUAUACCAUGGGAGAUAGAGAACCUGACAAGCCUCCAGCUUCUUUACAUGGAAGGUAAUUUGCUUACCGGAAAUCUUCUUGAAUCACUUGGACAUCUUCCAAACUUGUUUGUCUUAAGCUUGUCCCAGAACAGAUUUUCCGGACAGAUCCCGCUUUCCUUUGGUAAUCUGAGUCAGUUGAGUGAGCUCUAUUUACAGGAAAAUAAUUUUAGUGGAUCAAUCCCAGGAGCUUUAGGAGACUGCAAAAAAUUAGACACAUUGAACCUCUCUUGUAAUACCUUCGAUGGUAGCAUACCAAAGGAGCUCUUUAGUCUAUCCACACUUUCCCAAGGUUUGGACUUGUCUCACAAUCAACUCUCUGGACAAAUACCUCUGGAGAUUGGUGGCUUGAUCAAUCUCGGUCCACUGAGUAUUUCCAAUAACCAACUAUCUGGACAAAUACCCUCAACUCUAGGUCAAUGUGUCCGCUUGGAGUCGCUUCACAUGGAGGGAAACCUUCUUCAUGGGAGAAUCCCUCAAUCUUUCGUGAAUUUGCGAGGCAUCAUUGUGAUGGAUCUAUCUCAAAACAACUUAUCUGGUGAGAUCCCUGACUUCUUGAAGUUCUUUAAGUCUAUGAAGCUUCUCAAUUUGUCUUUCAACAACCUCGAAGGACUAGUACCGGCAGAUGGAAUAUUUCAAAAUGAAAGCAAUGUGUUUGUUCAGGGGAACAAGAAUUUAUGUGCCAGCACCCCGUUGCUACAGGUGCCACUUUGCAAUGCAGAUACAUCUAAACAAAGUCAUACCUCCAACAUUCUGAAGAUAGUAGGAUCUGUUGCUCUGUUUUUGGUCCUGGUAUCAUGCUUUGGAAUUAUUAUUUUGAAAAGGAGAAAGAAAAUCAAACAAGCAGCUCAUCCAUCCUUCGAGGAGUUAAAGAAGUUCACAUAUGCCGAUUUAUUGAUAGCAACAAAUGGUUUCUCUGUGGCCAACUUGGUUGGUUCUGGAAAAUAUGGGUCCGUGUACAAAGGUAUAAUUGACUCCGAAGAAAAUGAAGUUGCUAUCAAAGUUUUCAAACUUGAUCAAUCUGGAGCAACAAAGAGCUUCCUUGCCGAGUGUGAGGCCUUGAGGAACACUCGUCAUCGUAAUCUUGUAAGGGUGAUCACUGUGUGCUCAACAAUAGAUCAUGCAGGACACGAGUUCAAAGCUCUCGUUCUUGAAUAUAUGGUCAAUGGCAGCCUGGAAAGUUGGCUCCAUCCAACACCCCACGAGCAUCAUCUGAAAAGGCCAUUGAGUUUAGCUUCAAGAAUUAUAAUAGUGGUAGACAUAGCUGCUGCUUUGCAUUAUCUCCAUAACUAUUGCAUCCCUCCUAUGGCCCACUGUGAUCUGAAGCCUAGCAAUGUCCUUCUCAAUGAUGUCAUGGCCGCAUGUGUUGGCGACCUUGGGCUGGCUAAGUUCCUGCACCCUUACACUUGUUUGGAGACUCAUAGUUCUACAAGCUUAGUGGGGCCAAGAGGAUCAGUUGGAUACAUUGCACCAGAGUAUGGCUUUGGGAGCAAAAUAUCAACGGAGGCCGAUGUUUACAGCUACGGAAUCAUAAUCUUAGAAUUGCUCACCGGGAAGCGCCCAACAGAUGAGCUAUUUAACAAUGGCCUCAGCCUUUACAAGUUUGUUGAAAAAUCAUUUCCACAAAACAUUGGAGACAUUCUGGAUCCUAGAAUCGGUCUAAGAUAUGGAGACGAAGAAGCAGGGAAUACGUUAAACCAAGAAAAUCAUCCAAUGGCUGGAACAAUGAACUGCAUCGUCGAGCUCGUUAAGAUUGGCCUCUUGUGCGCUGCGGAGACGCCCAGAGAUCGUCCAGAUAUGCAGGAUGUUUACACAGAUGUCACCGCAAUCAAAGAAGUAUUUUCAGCACUGCAGGGCUGAGCAAAAGAACAAUCAUCUCUAUUGCUCACAUGUUUGUUUACUUUACA